AUGGGCGACAAGAAGCGCAAGCUCGCCGAGGAGGCCACCUCCCCCGAAGUGAAGAAGGCCAAGCGCGAAGACAAGAAGGAGAAGAAGGAAAAGAAGGAGCGCAAGGCAAAGGAAGUUGUCGAGGAGGUUCCUGUUGUUGAGAAGGAGGAGAAGAAGGAGAAGAAGGAAAAGAAGGAGAAGAAGGACAAGAAGGACAAGAAGGACAAGAAGGAGAAAAAAGAGAAGAAGGAAAAGAAGGAAAAGAAGUCCGAGCCCGAGCCCGAAGCCAUGGACGUCGACGAGACCCCCGCCGAGAAAGAGAACCAGGAGCCCGAGGCCGAGCCGGAGGUGACCAAGGAAGAGAAGAAGAAGGAAAAGAAGGAGAAGAAGGAUAAGAAGGACAAGAAAUCCAAGAAGGAGAAGAAGCAGCAGCAGGAGGGAGAAACGAAUACCGAGGCUCAGCCUACCAGCGAACAGACCGAAGAGCCUGCUGAGCAGGAGGAACAGCAGAAUAAGAAGAAUGUGCGGUUUAUCUGCUUUGUCGGAAACCUCCCCUACUCCGCCGACAAAGAGUCCCUCACCAAGCACUUCGAGAAGAUCGCCCCCGUUUCCGUCCGCGUAGCCACCCAGGUCGACAAGCCGACCAAGUGCCGCGGCUUCGGCUUCAUCGAGUUCGACAACUACGACCGCAUGAAGACCUGUCUCAAGCUGUACCAUCACUCCAUGUUCAACGAUGGAAAGUACCCGCCGCGACGGAUCAAUGUGGAGCUGACUGCCGGCGGUGGCGGUAACUCCAAGGACCGGAAAGACAAGAUCGAGGCCAAGAACAAGAAGCUUUUCGAAGAGAGACAGCGCAACGCCAAGGAAAUUCAGAAGGAGAAGAAGCGGUUAGAGCAGGUCGAGGAGACGGGUGUGGAUGACUAUGCUCAUAUUCAUCCUAGUCGGAGGCCCCGGAUGGCUUAG